AAAAAUAUAAAAACCUCAUUCUGAUGAACACUUCUACACCCAUCACAACUAUUGCGUUUGAAGUGAAGAAAUAUGAACGGCGGAGGAAAGGUGGUCUGCGUCACCGGAGCUUCCGGAUACAUAGCGUCUUGGAUUGUUAAGCUGUUGCUUCUCCGUGGCUACACCGUCAGGGCCACCGUUAGAGACCCAAAAGAUCAAAAGAAAACUGAUCAUCUUCUUGCACUUGAUAGCGCAAAAGAAAGACUCAAAUUAUUCAAAGCAAAUCUUUUAGAAGAAGGUUCUUUCGACCAUGCAAUCGAUGGAUGCGAUAUUGUCGUCCACACAGCUUCACCGGUUACACUCACUGUUGCUGAUCCUCAGGCUGAUAUGAUCGAUCCAGCAGUCAAGGGUACUUUAAACGUCCUAAAGACUUGUAUCAAAGUGUCUUCUGUCAAGAGAGUCAUCGUAACAUCGUCCAUGGCCGCAGUUCUUGCCCGUGGUUCCCGCUUUGGACCAAACGACUUAGUAGAUGAAACCACAUUCUCUGAUCCAAGUUUUUGUGAGAAGCAAAAGAAAUGGUAUGCACUCUCUAAGACUUUAGCAGAAGAUGCAGCAUGGAAGUUUGCCAAGGCUAAUGGGCUCGACUUGAUCGUGAUGAAUCCAGGACUUGUCGUAGGACCAAUAUUGCAGCCGAGUCUUAAUUUCUCGGUGGAGGUGGUUGUGGAUCUUAUAAAGGGUAAGGAUCCGUUUAAUAGCAAACAUUAUAGGUUUGUGGACGUGAGAGAUGUUGCUCUAGCUCAUGUCAAGGCACUCGAGACUCCAUCAGCCAAUGGUAGAUACAUCAUUGAUGGUCCGCUUGUGACAUUGAGCGACAUUGAAAAAGUUUUGCGCGAAUUCUAUCCUGAUUUGUCCAUUGCUGAUGAUAAGAAUAAUGAAGACAUUGGGAUUGAUUUAGUGACAUACAAAGUGUGUGUGGAGAAAGUGAAAAGUUUGGGAAUUGAGUUCACUCCUACAGAAACAAGCCUUAGAGAUACUGUUCUUUGUCUCAAGGAGAAAUGUCUUGUGUGAUUCCUUGUAUUUUUUUUUUUUUUAUAUAUCAGCUAUUAAGUGACAUGAAUAACAAAAUUUGUAUCCUCUUUAUAAUUCAUCAAAUAAUAUAUAUUCAUCAUCCUUUU